CUAGUUAUCAUCACGUGAUUGCACGUGAAUCGACGACUGAGGAAAAUGUUGUCGAAUACAGGUCGGGGUUUGAAACAAGCCACAAAAGAACAUGUUUUGGCCGUUACCAGGGAUUUCGUAUCGCAGCCACGAAUCACAUACAAAACCGUUUCCGGUGUUAAUGGACCACUGGUAAUUUUGGAUGAAGUGAAAUUUCCCAAGUAUGCUGAGAUUGUGCAGCUUCACCUUGCAGAUGGAACUGUUCGAUCAGGUCAGGUUCUGGAAGUCAGUGGGUCAAAGGCAGUUGUUCAGGUAUUUGAAGGCACAUCAGGAAUAGAUGCGAAAAACACCCUAUGUGAAUUUACGGGUGAUAUCUUGCGAACACCUGUAUCUGAAGACAUGCUGGGGAGAGUGUUCAAUGGCAGCGGUAAACCUAUUGACAAGGGACCUCCAAUCUUAGCAGAGGCCUACUUAGAUAUCCAGGGGCAGCCAAUUAAUCCAUGGUCUCGUAUUUACCCUGAGGAAAUGAUCCAGACAGGAAUUUCUGCUAUUGAUGUGAUGAAUUCCAUUGCUAGAGGUCAAAAGAUUCCAAUCUUCUCUGCUGCUGGUUUGCCACAUAAUGAGAUUGCAGCUCAGAUCUGUCGUCAGGCUGGUCUCGUGAAGCUGCCUGGAAAAUCAGUCCUAGAUGACCAUGAAGAUAACUUCGCCAUUGUAUUUGCUGCUAUGGGAGUCAACAUGGAGACUGCCAGGUUUUUCAAACAAGAUUUUGAGGAAAAUGGCUCCAUGGAGAACGUGUGCUUGUUUCUGAAUUUGGCCAAUGAUCCCACCAUUGAACGAAUCAUCACUCCUCGUCUGGCCCUGACUGCUGCAGAAUUCUUGGCAUAUCAGUGUGAGAAACACGUGCUGGUCAUUCUCACAGACAUGAGUUCCUAUGCCGAGGCUUUGCGUGAAGUGUCAGCUGCAAGAGAAGAAGUACCAGGUCGACGUGGUUUCCCUGGUUACAUGUACACAGAUUUGGCCACCAUCUAUGAACGUGCUGGGCGUGUGGAAGGACGUAAUGGAUCCAUCACACAGAUCCCCAUUCUUACCAUGCCUAAUGAUGAUAUCACACAUCCCAUCCCUGAUCUGACGGGCUACAUCACAGAGGGACAGAUCUAUGUUGACCGUCAGCUUCACAACAGACAGAUUUACCCACCAGUAAAUGUACUGCCAUCCCUCAGUCGUUUGAUGAAGUCUGCUAUUGGCGAAGGCAUGACACGUAAAGAUCACGCUGAUGUAUCCAACCAACUGUAUGCAUGUUAUGCCAUUGGAAAGGACGUGCAGGCCAUGAAGGCCGUAGUUGGAGAAGAAGCCCUCACACCUGAUGACUUGUUAUAUCUUGAAUUCCUUGCAAAGUUUGAGAAGAAUUUCAUUUCUCAAGGUAACUACGAAAAUCGCACAGUGUUUGAAUCAUUAGACAUUGGUUGGCAGCUGCUUCGAAUCUUCCCCAAAGAAAUGUUGAAACGAAUCCCAGCAGCCACAUUGGCAGAAUUUUACCCAAGAGACUCCAGGCAUACUUCUUCAAAGUAGACAUUUUAUGGGCACAGUACAUUUCUGAAACUUAGUUGCAUACAGCCCUUCCUGUUACAUCAGGUUGCUCUUAGCUUUAGAUCAGUGGUUUUUGAAAAUUCAUUGUUGUUCUGAUUAUUGUAAAUUGGGUACAUAUUUUAUCAGAUUUACAGUGAGGGUAAUGGCAAUGACAUUAGACCAAGGUCAUAAACAGAUGUGUAAAGCCAUUGUCUCCAAGUAUUAUAUGUAAAUAUUUCAGUUACAAAGAAACUUGCAGGUGAACUCAGUGCUGUUUUUAACCCCUUGAGGAUUGAUUCUUGAUGCCAUUUUUUGAUGCUCAGUUAUUACACAGAUCCGGGUAUGUGAAUAAAAUAUGCAUCAGUUGGAAAAGUUCUUCUGAGCUCCUAAAUUAAUAUACCAGGAAAAUAGGUUUCUGACAUUCAGUGAAUUCUGUACAAUUAGUAAAUUUAGAAAAUAUAAACUUUAUUUACUUGAAGAAUAGUAUCUGCUUUAUUUUUAAAUGAAUAACAAAAAGAAUUUGAUUCGGUUUGCUAUCCAAUGAAGCAACAUUGAAUUAUCAACAUUAAGAUAGCAGAAGUUUAAGUGAAACUUACAUAGAAAUGUGUUAUUUCCUGACAUUGUAAAUGAGGACAGUUCUUUCUUUGAAGGACACUUCAGAUUACAUGGGAAAAUACAUCUCCUUAUAGUGUUAAAAUCUGAUUCACAUCAGAUCAAAGAGCAUUGCAGUGUAAGGGCCAUAUGAUGGCCAUCCCUUUUAUUUCCUUCUUUCUAGCUCUUCCUCUUUUGGUAUUUUCCAAUACAUGCCUAAACACACCUAUGUAACCUGUUCUGUGUUGAAUCCCACAUUACAUAAAUGUUUAAAAAAUUAAUGACCUAUUUUGUAAUUAUGACAGCUGUAGUUUGAAGAACGGAUAAAUAGAAUGAGUCACGUUUUCUUUUUAACAUAAGGUCAAAAUGAAUUUAAUAUGACACUUGCCCAAUCCUUGUAUCCUAGCUAUUUUGCGAAGACUAACACAAUAGAAUUAAUUUUUUUCUGGUAAUUCAGUAUCGUCUGUUGCUUAAAAACUUGAGCAUCAUCAAGGUAUCUAGAAUUUAGUACAGCUAAUGGUAACCCUAUUGGUUGCAUGUAUCAAUGCAAAAAAUGAUUGAAAAGUGAACUUAGCAAAAAAAUAAUGUUAUCGUUCCAAGUAGUGGGGUGUGUUUAAAUAUUGUGACAUGACAGCCGGAAGCUGGAAUAGUUAAAUAAAUAGAUACAGUGAUUGUUAUAUAUAGGCUGCUAACAAUGCGACUUGACUACCGUGGAAGUGCGUUUACCUCACCAUUACCUGGAAAUGGAUGCAUCUAUUUGUUCCACUGUUCUGGCCUUUAGUCACCAUGUCACACUGUAUGCUGUUAUGUUACAGUUUCUGGUACCAAUGUGUUAAUAUUUAGUUGAUUGUACUCAAGGUGUUAGGAUGCAGAAUUAAAUCAAAUCUGUAUACAAUACUCAGUUUUUGAACAUAAUAACAUAUGAUAAAGUUCAUAUGAUCUCUUAACAUGUUCUUCAGCAUGUCAUGGGAGUAUAAAUUGUACAUUGUUAAUUUGAUGUAUAAAUUGUACAUUAAUCAUUAAGUAUCCAGUUUGAGACAAUACCACUGUGUGUAUUAUACAGCUGCAAUUUGGAUGUUCAGAACUAUUCUUGUGUGCCUGCUCCUUCAGGCAUUAUUGUAAAUUUCAUGUUUUGUCACAGAUAUUGUGUGUUUUAAUUAACAUUCCACUAAUUCGUCAUUAAAAGCAAAAGACAUAGAUCAUAGAAUUUUCCUCCAUCUCAUCUGUACUACAAGGGUUUGAACUUGUGUACAUUUUGUAUGUAAUUCAUUUCUUCUCCCCUGCCCCCCUUUCGUGUAAUUUUAUUUUAUGUGUGAAUUGGGGGUUUAAGUACCAUAGAAAGUACAUUUCUGUGUUUGUUUAUAUAAAUACUGUUAUGUGCCUGCAAAUGUCAGUAUCCAAGAUCACAUGAUUUGAUUGUACCUUGACAGUAUUCUCUUAGUUCUGGUGAGUGGUGGUUCAUAGAAUGAUGUGAUUAUAGUAGUGUUAAAAGAUGAACAUGUUAGUUGACUGCAAAAAUAUAAUAUACAUAUGAUGCUGAAGUAAUUGUUUUUGUGCCAGAGUACUUGACAGUACCAUGUCUGUAGUAAGAAUGGCUAUAACA